AUCCAACGAUCGCUUGCCAAAACCAUUGGAUUUUUCUAAUUUGGCUAAAGAAUGGACUACAUCGAAACGCACGUUCAUGGUCUACAUGAUCGCAAAUAAUAAAAUGAACGAGCCGGAACAACAAAAAAUUGCAACAUUUUUGUGGUUAAUUGGUCCAGACGCAGGAAAUAUCUACAACACAUUAUAUCCAAACGAUGGGACACUUGAGAGCAUGUUUGGAGCAGUAAAUGCACCUGCAAAUCCAUUUAGACAACGCGGUGGCAAUAGUGAAGAUGACGAUGAAAGCGAAGAUGGCGAAGAUGGAGAAGAAGAGGAGAACGAAGGUGAGGGGCAGCAGAACAAUGGUGCUCCCAUAGUUUCAAACACUUUGGAUAUCGUCUUAAGGGCAUUUGAUGACUAUUGCCUUCCAAGGAAAAAUAUUGCGAUGGAAUCUUAUAAAUUUAACACAGUAGUGCAAAAGGAAAACCAGACUUUUGCCCAUUUCGAAACGGAGCUACGAACUCAGCUCCGAUUUUGUGAAUACAACUGUAAUUGCGGAGCAACUUACUAGCAUCGAAUGUUGCGUGAUCGUAUUAUUAUCGGAGGAAAGGAUGACCCAUUAAAAAAGGUCAUUGAAACUUGUAAAAUUUACGAGGCUGCAAAUGCAAAUAAAAUAUUGCUAGAGCGACGUAACAAUGCUUCCACUGUAAAUGCCGUCUCGAAAACAACUGACCCAGAAUGCAAUUCGGUGUCUCGAUAUUGUUAUAAUUGUGGCGCACCUUUCACACAAAAUCAUAUGCGCUCUUGCAAAGCCAUCGACAUCAAUUGUUCAAACUGUGGAAGAAAGGGACACUUCAGUAAAUUUUGCAAACAGAAGGGUAAGGCAAAACUAAAUGGACAACAACAAUCAUACGGAAAUCAUCAACCAAGGAGAGACAACAACAGCAGCAACAGCAACAAUAGCAAAAACAGCAACAACAGUAACAACAGCAGCAACAACUACAAGAAACAAACAAAUAGUCUCAACUGGAAUGAUGAAGAUUAAAUUCAAACACUCGUGGAUUAAUAAGAUGGACAAAAACUUAUAGAAUUAAUAAUAAUUGGCUAACCACAUUCAAGAUUGACACUGGAUCUGACGUCAAUUGCAUCCCAAUUAAUUUAAUUAAGAAAUUUAAUGUGAAUUUUCAAAAACAAAAAAAUGAAUUUGCUGUGCUAGACUACAGUGCUAAUAAAAUUAAUAUUCAUGGAUUAGUAAACUUAGAAUGUUUUGAUGUGGAAAGAGAAACGGUUAAAACGGCUGAAUUUCUUAUUGUUGAUGAUGCACUUGAACCGCUGCUGGGCUUGUCAGCUUGCAUUGAAUUUGGUUUAGUAAAACGGUUGAAUACUGUGCAAUCAUUACCAUAUUUACCU